CGUGAGGUACGGUCGGAGCAUCUCUCACACCAGCCGGUGCUUCUUCCAAGGGCGGAGUGGUGCAGGAGUGAACAGGGGAGUACUGCAGUAGCUGACGGUCGGCGCGGAGGAACACCGACAGCUCAAAUAGCUGGGUACUGCGGCUCCUUAGUUCUACCGGCGUUUGCGCAACCGGCACAGAGCAGAGAGGUGCAUCGUGAGGGAUGCGCUGCCCGUCUCCUCUAUAAUUUACUUUACCAAACCUAGUUCAUUUUGUAAAUGAAAACAAACGUAAACCUUCGGAGGUUUUCAAAGAUUCACUUUUUCUUUUUGUAAUUUAGCGCUUUUUUUGUAUCCUAAUUCUGACACGGGCGCGCACUCGAUUUUGCCGCCGUCGUGCGAGUGGAACAUCAUCUUCUCUGCGUCUCUUCACCUGAACAGGACGUGCUGACUACGCAACCAUGGGGUACGGGCGCUCGGACAGCUACCGCGUGGCCACCACGCAGGACAAGGAUGGCAAGGGCUCCCCUAAGAAGAAGGGAGAGAGAGACAUGGAUGAACUCAAGAAGGAAGUCGCUGUGACAGAACACAAGAUGUCUGUGGAAGAAUGUUGCCGGAAACACAACACAGACAUUGUGCAGGGGCUGACCAAUGCCAAGGCGGCGGAGUUCCUGCUGCGUGACGGGCCCAACGCGCUGACCCCGCCCCCGACCACGCCCGAGUGGGUGAAGUUCUGCCGUAAUCUGUUCGGCGGGUUCUCCCUCCUCCUGUGGCUCGGGGCCAUGCUGUGCUUCGUGGCCUACAUCAUCCAGGCCAUCACCGAGGACGAGCCCGCAGGAGACAACUUGUAUCUGGGUAUCGUGCUCUCAGUUGUGGUCAUCAUCACCGGCUGCUUCUCCUACUUCCAGGAGGCCAAGAGCUCCAAGAUCAUGGAAUCCUUCAAGAACAUGGUGCCCCAGCAAGCACUGGUGAUCCGCGAGGGAGAGAAGAUGCAGAUUGACGCUGUAGAGGUCGUGGCUGGAGACCUGGUUGAGAUCAAAGGAGGAGACCGCAUCCCUGCUGACCUCAGGGUCGUCUCUGCUCACGGCUGCAAGGUGGACAACUCCUCUCUGACCGGCGAAUCAGAGCCUCAGAGCCGGUCACCUGACUGCACUAGUGACAACCCUCUGGAGACCAAAAACAUUGUCUUCUUCUCCACCAACUGCGUUGAAGGUACGGCGCGUGGCAUUGUGAUCUUCACCGGCGACCGCACCGUCAUGGGCCGCAUCGCCACCCUGGCUUCGGGGCUGGACACCGGCAAGACCCCCAUCGCCAAGGAGAUCGAGCACUUCAUCCACAUCAUCACCGGCGUGGCCGUCUUCCUGGGCCUCUCCUUCUUCAUCCUAUCCAUCAUCCUCGGCUACUCCUGGCUGGAGGCCGUCAUCUUCCUCAUCGGCAUCAUCGUGGCCAACGUGCCCGAGGGACUGCUCGCCACCGUCACUGUGUGUCUGACCCUGACCGCUAAGCGAAUGGCCAAGAAGAACUGCCUGGUCAAGAACCUGGAGGCCGUCGAGACCCUGGGCUCCACCUCCACCAUCUGCUCCGACAAGACCGGAACCCUGACGCAGAACCGCAUGACCGUCGCCCACAUGUGGUUCGACAACCAGAUCCAUGAGGCUGACACCACUGAGGACCAGUCCGGUGCAUCCUUUGAUAAGAGUUCUGCGACGUGGAUCGCUCUGGCCCGUAUCGCGGCGCUGUGCAACCGGGCCGUGUUCAAGGCGGGCCAGGACCAGUUCCCCAUCCUGAAGCGGGACGUGGCGGGCGACGCGUCCGAGUCUGCGCUGCUCAAGUGCAUCGAGCUCUGCUGCGGCUCCGUCCGGGCCAUGAGGGACAGGAAUAAGAAGGUGGCCGAGAUCCCAUUCAACUCUACCAACAAGUACCAGCUGUCUAUUCAUGACACAGAGGACCCCAACGACAACCGCUACCUGCUGGUGAUGAAGGGGGCGCCAGAGCGGAUCCUGGACCGAUGCUCCACCAUCCUGCUCCAGGGCAAAGAGCAGCCCAUGGACGAAGAGCUGAAGGAGGCCUUCCAGAGCGCAUACAUGGAACUGGGAGGACUGGGAGAGAGAGUGCUGGGUUUCUGUCAUCUGCUCAUGCCUGAGGACCAGUACCCCAAAGGCUUUGCGUUCGACUGUGACGACGUGAACUUCACCACAGACAACAUGUGCUUCGUGGGUCUGAUGUCCAUGAUUGACCCGCCCCGUGCCGCCGUGCCCGACGCCGUUGGCAAGUGCCGCUCCGCCGGCAUCAAGGUCAUCAUGGUCACCGGAGAUCACCCAAUCACAGCCAAGGCCAUCGCCAAGGGCGUCGGCAUCAUCUCCGAGGGCAACGAGACUGUAGAGGACAUCGCUGCCCGCCUCAAUAUCCCCGUUAGUCAAGUCAACCCCAGGGAUGCCAAGGCGUGCGUGAUCCACGGCACAGACCUGAAGGACAUGGCUGGAGAUCAUAUUGACGACAUCCUGAGGAACCAUACUGAAAUCGUGUUCGCCAGAACCUCCCCACAGCAGAAACUCAUCAUCGUAGAGGGCUGUCAGAGAGGGGGUGCUAUUGUGGCUGUGACUGGAGAUGGUGUCAACGACUCUCCCGCUCUGAAGAAGGCUGAUAUCGGGGUCGCCAUGGGGAUCUCCGGCUCAGAUGUGUCCAAACAGGCCGCAGACAUGAUCCUGCUCGACGACAACUUCGCCUCCAUCGUCACCGGAGUGGAGGAAGGCCGUCUGAUCUUUGAUAACCUGAAGAAGUCCAUCGCCUACACCCUGACCAGCAACAUCCCAGAGAUCACUCCCUUCCUCUUCUUCAUCUGCGCCAGCAUCCCCCUGCCUCUGGGUACCAUCACCAUCCUCUGCAUCGACCUGGGCACAGACAUGGUUCCUGCCAUCUCUCUGGCCUAUGAGACUGCUGAGAGCGACAUCAUGAAGAGGCAGCCCAGGAACCCCGCAAGAGACAAGCUGGUCAAUGAAAGACUCAUCAGUAUCGCCUACGGACAGAUCGGUAUGAUCCAGGCUCUCGGUGGCUUCUUCGCGUACUUUGUGAUCCUGGCAGAGAAUGGCUUCCUGCCGUCCAUGCUGAUUGGCACCCGGCUGUCCUGGGACGACCGCACCGUCAACGACCUGGAGGACAGCUACGGCCAGCAGUGGACAUACGAGCAGCGUAAGAUCGUGGAGUAUACCUGCCACACAGCCUUCUUCGUCAGCAUCGUGGUGGUGCAGUGGGCCGAUCUGAUCGUCUGCAAGACCAGGAGGAACUCCGUCUUCCAGCAGGGCAUGAGGAAUAAGAUCCUAAUCUUCGGCCUAUUCGAGGAGACCGCCCUGGCAGCGUUCCUGUCCUACACCCCUGGCAUGGACGUGGCCCUCAGGAUGUAUCCACUCAAGCCCAGCUGGUGGUUCUGUGCAUUCCCCUACAGUUUACUCAUCUUUGUUUACGAUGAGAUCCGAAAACUCAUCCUGCGCAGGAACCCUGGAGGCUGGGUGGAGAAGGAGACAUACUAUUGAUCAAGCAAUUACUUCUGUACUCCCCCCCCCCCCCACCAAACCAAACACACCCCCACCUC